AUGUUUAUGGCUGAGUCGAACAUUGAUCCACAAAUAUCCCAGACGGGGUCUUCGACAGCCUCUCCCACGUUCCUUAAACCAACAAGUCCUGUACAGCGUCACUCCAAGUUCAACCUAAGUUCCUCCGACGAUUUUGAGCCCUCCUCGAGGCCUGAAAAGCGGCCGAGACUUGAAGCGCCUCUGUUGACUGCUGCUGCUGCUUUUGCUCAAGAAGCUCCGGCAAGAUCACCGAGGUCUCCCUUGCCCUCAUCUCCUUCGACAGGAACGAGUCCCAAUCCGACUCGACAAGCACUGGGCGCUCUGAUGGGCGCAAACCAGCAUGCCACGAGCAAAGCUCCCGAGUUCGGCUCCAGUGAUGCCCCUGACCCUACCACCGCUAUCAGUCAGGCGUUGAGCGAGAUUACGGAGAACAUUUCAAAAACCUCCCCAACUUCCGCCGAUAUACCUACCAGCGGCGAUGCUCAAACAAGUCCCACCAGCUUGUCCAGCAUCGGGACACUGGAUAGUUUGGCAGCCGCAUCUGGUAUGACCACAACUGUGGGGAGUCCUCAACCGCUCGAAGAAACAGUCCAUCAGGUCGUGAAUGCCGCCGAGGCGGGCUCAACCUCACCCUCGGAAGGAUCAAAGGCGUUCUCUUAUCCGGCGCUUCUGUUGCAACCCCAAAUGAAUGAAGGCGCUAGACGAGGGAUGAGCUUGCCUCAUUCCGGCACACGACAGGGUACGAGAUCUCCUUCCAGCAAGAAGCACAGAUGCCCCUACUGUGCCACCGAGUUUACUCGGCACCACAAUCUGAAGAGCCAUCUGUUAACGCAUAGUCAAGAAAAACCCUAUGUCUGCUCCACCUGUCAAUCCAGGUUCCGACGGUUACAUGAUCUCAAACGUCACACCAAACUACACACCGGCGAGAGACCCCAUAUUUGUCCGAAAUGCGGCCGCAAGUUCGCUCGAGGCGAUGCCUUGGCCCGCCACAAUAAGGGUCCUGGCGGUUGUGCAGGUCGAAGAGCCAGCAUGGGCAGUUUUGGUGGAGACGAUGAUGCCGAAGGUGAUGAGUCCAUGGAGGGUAUUGUGUACGGCGAGCCUGAAACGAUGGACGAUGAGGGACCGGCAGGCAGCAGCACCACGCCCCGUAUCCGUCGUCAAGCUCCUUCUGGAGACGACACUCCCGACCCCCAUGAUGACCAUGCCUCUCGAAUUCCAAGCACGUACCCUCCUAUACAGGGUCGGCCUCCGGGGGGAAUGGCUAGCGGCGUGUUUCCACCUCGAACAGGCUUCAACCCACCCGCUGCCGGACCAAGCAAUGCCGGUGCGCCCCCACCAUUUCCACAGAUGUCCGGCUCUUCAUCUGGCUCACGGCCAUCAAUCUCAAAUGCUGUGUACGCCCAAAACCCAAUGACAGAAAGCCCAAAGCCGCUAUCACCAGGUCAACAACAUCGAGGUUCGGUAGCUGGAGGUGAUGGUCGAAUCCGUUCACCAAGCAUGACACAUUAUCAGCAAGGUUCGUAUAGUCGAACGACUGGUACAGGAUCGGCAUUGAGUGUACCAGCAGGACCACCUCAACUCCCACCUCCGAAUGUGUUGAACCCACCAGACCCGAGAUACACCUUACCUAGUCAAGGUGGACCUGCUCAUCCUCCAACUCAACCUUCGGGACCUCCAACACAUAUGAGCGGUAGUGGGCCGCUGUCGUCUCACAGCAACAGUCUAUCCUCCAGUCACCACUCUGCUCAUGGAAGUGGCGAAGCGUCCAACAUGUUUGCCAAGGAAGACAGAAUUUGGGCAUAUGUCACCAAUUUGGAGCAGCGGAUCAACUCGAUGCAGGAAGAGAUAAAUUCUCUCAAGCAUCAACUUGUGAACAGCACACAACAGCAACAACAACAACAACAACAGUCACGAAUAUGA